CUACUACCUUCGUCCUCAUGGCAUUAGGUCUGUAUCGAUUGGUGCUGCCUAGACUGUGAUCUUUUGAUUAAUGUGCCUGCCUUUCCUCCUGUAAACACUGGUAACGGCGACGUUUCACCACGGAGGAGAUUCCAGCCAUGGAAAAGACAGCAUCAAAUACAGCUAAGAAAAGUUCUGACACUUUUCCCAUAGAGUGUCUGAAGCCAGACUUAAAUAAAGAUAAGGAUGACUUGGGUUUAGGUGUCCAUGUUUGUGAGGGGUGUGGGACCAACUUUGAGACAAGGCGAGGUCUCUCCAGUCAUGCCCGAUUUCAUCUCAGGCAGCUAGGCGUGGCUGUGUCCGACAGCUGUGGUGCACCAAUAGACCUCUUGUACCAGCUAAUCAAAGAAAGAGGUGGAACUCUACCUAAACUCAAAACUCUGCCCAGCCCUGUUAAAAAAUCCAAAGCUCAGUCACCCAUCAUCAAAAAGAAUGCUGGACCCAAACUAAAGAUUAAAAUAUCCAACCUUGUUAAGAAAAAAUAUGCCAUUUCCUCAUCGUCCUCAACUACUGUGAAAGGAUCCGUCAAUUCUGGUCCACGUUCUUCGCCUCUGACUGUAGCGAAACCUCGUAAAGUCUCUUCAAAGGGGACUGCAGUGUCCAUGCCAUGGUUAUCCUCGGCUCUCUUCAAGGCUGUUGAGUCCAGGCUCAGUGAUGCCAGUCCGUCUACCUCCUUCUCACUAUCCUCAGUCAAGCCACUCUGGGCCCCUCAGGAAACAGACGCUCCACUCAAUUUAACAACUAUGAAGAAUUCUGUAGUGAGGGAUGAUGUCCAUGUGUGUGAAUUGUGUGGAGCUUGGUACGAGAUGCGUAAAGGUCUCGCCAGUCAUGCCCGGGCCCACCUGCGCCAGUUUGGUGUGAACUUGGACUCUAAAGGUGCUCCCAUAGAUGUGCUCCAUAAAUUUAUUCAGAGUGAGGAUUUCCAGGAACAGGUCAGUGCUGGGCAGCAGGAGGGUUUUUCUGUCGUUGAAGAUUAUACUUCACCCUCCUCCAUUCCUUCUACCUCUUUACCCACCAGCAAACAUCCAUCUCUUUUCCCUGUCUCAUCUAAAGGACUGACUUCCAUGCAUCUAACACCACCCCCAAAGAAAAAGAAGAAAAUUUCCCUUGAUGUUUCAGGGAACUUGUCACUUGGCGGAAAAGCAGAACAGAAAUCGCCUACUCUAACCAAAAAGAAGAAAAGUUCACCAGAUGUUUCAGGCGGCAUAACCCUCAGUGGAAAAGCAGCAUUGAAAUUACCAUCUUUAACCAAAAAGAACAAAAUUACUCUGGAUGUUUCAGAGAGCAUAACCCUUGGUGGAAAAGGAGAACUGAAAUCCCCUACCCCAACCAAAAAACAGAAAAAAUCAUCAGAUGUGUCAUGGAGCAUGAUUCUUGGCGGAAAAGCAGAACUAAAAUCCCAUACCCCAACUAAAAAGCAGAAUAUUUCCCUUAAUGUUUCAGAGAGCAUGACCCUUUGUGGAAAAGCAGAACUGAAAUCCCCUACCCCAACCAAAAAGCAGAAAAAUUCACAAGGUGUUUCAGGGAGCUUGCCCCUCAGCGGAAAUAAAGAAAUUAAAUCACCCUCUCAAGGCAAAUCAUCAAAAAAUGUCAGAUGUCAGUUCUGUCACAAGAAGUUUAAGAAGAGACAGAGCUUGGCCAGCCACGCCCGCUACCACCUGCGACAACUAGGCAUCACCGAGUGGACUGUCCGUGGGUCUCCCAUGGCCACUCUGCAAGAGGUGAUGGCCCGCCGUGGUUCUUCUGCUGGUUCUCUCAAACCACUUGGCUCACCCUCGCUGCCCCCACUUGCAUCCCCUUCUGUGUCGGCUACUGCACCACCUCUGCCCUCAUCCCCUAAACACAUUACUCAGUCUUCCUCUCGUCCUCCUGUUCCUCACAAAGUCCCGAAGGCCAGGAAAGGCUCAAGGACUGUGGUCCCAACACCAACGGAUGAGCCUAUUGAGGUUGAUAUAUCUAUCUCAGAGUCUCCCAAGCCAAGAAGCACACUGACCAUGCCUUUACCAACAAAAACAUCUUCUAAUCCCACCACAGAUAAAACAACAGUGACAGGCAAAUCAUCAAAAAAUGUCAGAUGUCAGUUCUGUCACAAGAAGUUUAAGAGACAGAGCUUGGCCAGCCACGCCCGCUACCACCUGCGACAACUAGGCAUCACCGAGUGGACUGUGCGUGGGUCUCCCAUGGCCACUCUGCAAGAGGUGAUGGCCCGCCGUGGUUCUUCUGCUGGUUCUCUCAAACCCCUUGGGUCACCCUCGCUGCCCCCACUUGCAUCCCCUUCUGUGUCGCCUACUGCACCACCUCUGCCCUCAUCCCCUAAACACAUUACUCAGUCUUCCUCUCGUCCUCCUGUUCCUCACAAAGUCCCGAAGACCAGGAAAGGCUCAAGGACUGUGACCCCAACACCAACGGAUGAGCCUAUUGAGGUUGAUAUAUCUAUCUCAGAGUCUCCCAAGCCACGAAGCACACUGACCAUGCCUUUACCAACCAAAACAUCUUCUAAUCCCACCACAGAUAAAACAACAGUGACAGGCAAAUCAUCAAAAAAUGUCAGAUGUCAGUUCUGUCACAAGAAGUUUAAGAGACAGAGCUUGGCCAGCCACGCCCGCUACCACCUGCGACAACUAGGCAUCACCGAGUGGACUGUCCGUGGGUCUCCCAUGGCCACUCUGCAAGAGGUGAUGGCCCGCCGUGGUUCUUCUGCUGGUUCUCUCAAACCACUUGGCUCACCCUCACUGCCCCCAUUUGCAUCCCCUUCUGUGUCGCCUACUGCACCACCUCUGCCCUCAUCCCCUAAACACAUUACUCAGUCUUCCUCUCGUCCUCCUGUUCCUCACAAAGUCCCGAAGGCCAGGAAAGGCUCAAGGACUGUGACCCCAACACCAACGGAUGAGCCUAUUGAGGUUGAUAUAUCUAUCUCAGAGUCUCCCAAGCCACGAAGCACACUGACCAUGCCUUUACCAACCAAAACAUCUUCUAAUCCCACCACAGAUAAAACAACAGUGACAGCCCCCAAGCCUGAGGAGCAAGACCCCACUCAGUUUAUGUGCUGUGAAUACUGUGGCGAGAUGUUUGAUAGUCAUAAAUCCCUCUCCUGUCACGCACGCGGUCACUUACGACAGCUGGGUGCAAAGUGGUCCUUAAAGGUGCCGCCCAUAGAAGCCCUGUAUGUGCUUAUGCAGAGGGAGGGCACUAAAAGGGCAUCAGAGACCAAACCGGAACCUGCCGUAGGGGCGGCUGUACAGUGGAAAAAGCCAGCAUCCUCACUCCGCACAGUUACUCCAUCACCUGAGAAAACAGCCUCGGAGAACACGACUACAAGCUGUGAUGCCACCUGUGAACUCUGUGGUUUUGAUUUUGAAAAUCGAAAGGCACUGGCCAGCCAUGCAAGGGCCCAAUUGAGGCAGCAGGGAGUAGAUUGGAAAAUCAAUGGCUCUCCUAUUGAGACCCUGACUGCCUGGAUGCACAGUGAACCAGGGAAGGUAGCAGAGCUCCACAAACGCUACAUGCAGGGGCACAUACCUUUUGUGAAGAAGGGUUCCAAAAGAAGCUCCUCCUCUCCACACCCUUCCCCAGACUCGGAGUCAUUCCAUCUUGAUUCUCAGAAAGCUUCAUCAGCAGCUCGAGUUACUGCAGUUCAGCCCCAGGUAUCCCAGCUUUCCAAAGGACCUGUGGUACCGGUACCAGUUAGAGAGGGCCCCAAAGCAGGGAUAAGCCACUCUUCCUUAUCAGAACACAGGAAACGGCCCUCACAGGGUGAAGCAUCACUGUCCACAGACAGCAUGAUCCAGACCCCCGCGCCCCGCAGUGAAUUUGGCGUUUGCUCACCCAGAGGCUGUGAACAACAUUUAUCCCACCGUGAGAGCAUAUCAGGGGAGACAGAGACUGCAAAGCCCUCUCGGGCAGGAAACAUUCCGUCCUUGGUGCCUAGACCACCAGAGACCAGCCUGGUAAAGCUGGUAGGGAAGGUGUACUCUCUCAAGUGCAGGUUCUGUGAAGAGGUUUUUAAAGGGCCACACUCCAUACAGGAGGACUGGGUCAUGCACUUACAGCAACACAUAAUCAAGCUUAAAAACAGUUCUUCAUCAUCACCCAAGUCGAGUCAAAGCAGGGGCCCCGUUCAGUCUCCUCUCGCCCACACAGAAGUACCACUUCUUAUGGGCUCACAGGCUGUGUAGAUGCUCUCUCUGCUGUGGUCUUUCUUUUCAUACGUUUCAAAAUAUGCAGUUACACUACACUGAUUCUUUAUUGGGGUUUGUAAAACACUACUGAAAAGAUUAUGACCACAGCUUUUCUCAUCUCUCGAUUGUUUUCCAGAGAUUUAACUGAAUGUAUUUUACAGUUCAUAGUGUAUUUCACUGUUUUAUAAUGCUAUCACAUUUUCACACUUUCUUUGUAAACACGUAGUGUUAAGAAGUGCUUAUUAAGUUGAGUUUUAAAGAAGGUUUUUUUUUUUAUGAACAAACUGAAACAUGUUGACCAAGACUUGUGUGCUGAAAUAUAGUCAAUGUUUUUACAUUUUAAUAUAGGACUUAGAAUUUGGAAAAACAAUGCUCUUCACAUAAGAAAAAAAUUAUAUCUGAUUUUUUUAGUGCAGAAAAGUUGAUGUAAAUUGUUUCAGGAUUUUUACAAAUUAAGCCGUAUUUAAUAAGCCAGCACUACUCCUGUUAUGUGAUCUCAGCAUUAAAUCUCUCUCGUCUUAACGGAUACAUUUUUGGGGUGUUUUUACUAGUUUAAUUAUUAGUCAGCGGGCUACCUGUAUUGUUGAUAAAUGACAGACAGGGAGUGUUUGGGUAAUCUGUUUGAAAACCGUCACUGUUUCAAUUCCUUUUGGUGCCACUAGGUGCAGAAGUUACACACUUCACCUUCAACUAUUGACAUUUCAGAAUGUACAAAAUGUGGAAAUUGUAUAUUUAAGGCUUAUCAUUUAACCAUCUACUUUGUCUCAGGCUUUGCCAGGAUUUAAAAAAAAGGUUGACCGAUAAUAUCUAUGCUGAUAUUUAUCUUUUGGAACUAUUGUUAUCGGAAAAAAUGAUUGCCAAUAGUUACUGAGUUUUUAUUAUUAUUAUUAUUACUAUACCUGAAAUGUAUUAUUUCUUAGGGCUAAAACCCUUCAUUUGGUGAAUAGAUUUAGGCUAUAUAAAGCCUAAUUUGGUGAACAUUUACAAAUACACUGCAUGCCCAAUUAUUAGGCAAGUGAAUAUUCUGAUCUUAUCGUUAUUUCCAUGCAUAU